AUGUGUGUGGUAUUUUUUUCUUGGCAGUCGUGAAAAGCUGAUCGAGGAAAGUAGUUGAUCUUUUUAAUUUGUGAGAAGAAAGAACAAAGAAUAGUGAAAAAUGUGCAGCAACUACGAAGGAUACAAGUCGCCGCUGAGCAGCCGCUAUGCGAGCAAGGAGAUGCAGUUCCUGUUCAGUGACCAGAACAAGUUCUCCACAUGGCGGCAGCUGUGGGUCUGGCUGGCCAAGGCGGAGCAGCAGUUGGGACUGGAGAUAAGCGAGGAGCAGAUCACGCAGAUGGAGCAGCACAUCAAGGACAUCGACUUCGAUGCGGCGGCUGCCGAGGAGCGACUGACACGACACGACGUGAUGGCCCACGUCCAUGUGUUUGCCCAGCAGUGUCCGGCAGCUGCGCCCGUCAUCCACCUGGGUGCCACCUCCUGCUACGUGGGCGACAACACGGAUCUCAUCGUGCUGCGGGAUGCACUCAAGUUGCUGCUGCCGCGACUGGCCACCAUUGUGGGGCAGUUGAAGCAGUUCGCCGAAUCCUACAAGGCGCUGCCCACUCUGGGAUUCACGCAUCUGCAGCCGGCGCAGCUGACCACGGUGGGCAAACGGGCCUGCCUCUGGAUGCAGGAUCUGCUGAUGGACGAGCGGGCACUGCGCCGCUGCCUCGAGGAUCUGCGCUUCCGGGGAGUCAAGGGCACGACGGGCACACAGGCCUCGUUCCUGCAGCUCUUCAACAACGACGGGCGGAAGGUGAAGCAGCUGGACAUGCUGGUCACCCAAAUGGCCGGAUUCAGCAAACCCUAUGCCGUCACUGGCCAGACCUAUACCCGCAAGGUGGACGUGGAGGUGGUGGCUGCACUCGCCAGUCUGGGCAGCACCAUCCACAAGAUGUGCUCCGACCUGCGCAUCCUCGCCUCACGCAAGGAACUGGAGGAGCCCUUCGAGACGACACAGAUCGGUUCAUCCGCGAUGCCCUACAAGCGGAAUCCAAUGCGCUCCGAGCGCUGCUGUGCCCUCUCCCGCCAUCUCAUCACACUGUUCAGCAAUGCCGCCAACACCCAUGCCACCCAGUGGCUGGAACGCACCCUGGAUGACUCUGCGAACCGGAGGCUGACCUUGUCCGAGGGCUUCCUCUCGGCGGAUGCGGCACUGCUCACGCUGCUGAACAUCUCGCAGGGACUCGUGGUCUAUCCCAAGGUCAUUGAACGCCACAUUGCCCAGGAGCUGCCGUUCAUGUCCACGGAGAACAUCAUCAUGGCCAUGGUAAAGGCUGGUGGCGAUCGUCAGGUGUGCCACGAGAAGAUUCGCGUCCUCUCCCAGGAGGCGGGUGCCCAGGUGAAGCAGCACGGCAAGGACAACGAUCUGGUCGAUCGAGUUCGCAACGAUCCCUACUUUGCCCCCAUCCUGGAUCAACUGGGCGACAUUCUGGAUGCACGCACCUUCACUGGCCGAGCCAGCGAGCAGGUGGACGAGUUCCUCGAGGAGGAGGUGCAACCAGUGCUGGCCCACUACGCAGAUGCCCUGCGAAGCGUCCAAAAUGUCCAGCUGAUCAUUUAAGCCACAUUCUAUUAUUAUUCCUUAAGCUCAAAGCUCAAAUACACUGUUAUUAUAUUCCAAAUGGAAUAAUCUAUGCGUAAA